ACCCUGGGACAUUCCUGCUUCGGAAACCUGUCGGGGAACGCUGAGGGCUCCCAGCUCGCAGGAGCUGGCCGCAGGGCCAGUGCCGGAUGCCAGUGCCGGGAUGGAGAACACCGUGAAGGAACAGGUGGAGCAGGUCCUGGCGGAGUUCCGGCUGCAGGAGGAGGAUCUAAAGAAGGUGAUGAGGCGGAUGCAGAAGGAGAUGGCCCGGGGCCUGCGGCUGGAGACCCACGAGGAGGCCAGUGUGAAGAUGCUGCCCACCUACGUGUGCUCCACCCCCGAAGGCUCAGAAGUCGGGGACUUCCUGUCGCUGGACCUGGGUGGCACCAACUUCAGGGUGAUGCUGGUGAAGGUGGGUGAGGGCGAGGCGGGCCAGUGGGGCGUGAAGACCAAGCACCAGAUGUACUGCAUCCCCGAGGACGCCAUGACGGGCACGGCUGAGAUGCUCUUCGACUACAUCUCCGAGUGCAUCUCCGACUUCCUGGACAAGCACCAGAUGAAGCACAAGAAGCUGCCCUUGGGUUUCACCUUCUCCUUUCCCGUGAGGCACGAAGAUAUCGACAAGGGCAUCCUGCUCAACUGGACCAAGGGCUUCAAGGCCUCGGGAGCAGAAGGGAACAAUGUCGUGGGGCUCCUGCGAGAUGCCAUCAAGCGGAGAGGGGACUUCGAGAUGGACGUGGUGGCGAUGGUGAACGACACAGUGGCCACGAUGAUCUCCUGCUACUACGAAGACCGCCAGUGCGAGGUCGGCAUGAUUGUGGGCACGGGCUGCAACGCCUGCUACAUGGAGGAAAUGCACAACGUGGAGCUCGUGGAGGGGGACGAGGGCCGCAUGUGUGUCAACACCGAGUGGGGUGCCUUCGGGGACGCCGGCGAGCUGGACGAGUUCCUGCUGGAGUACGACCGCGUGGUGGACGAGAGCUCCCUGAACCCCGGCCAGCAGCUGUUCGAGAAGCUCAUCGGCGGCAAGUACAUGGGCGAGCUGGUGCGGCUCGUGCUGCUGAAGCUGGUGGACGAGAACCUGCUCUUCCACGGGGAGGCCUCGGAGCAGCUGCGCACGCGCGGCGCCUUCGAGACGCGCUUCGUGUCGCAGGUGGAGAGCGACUCGGGCGACCGCAAGCAGAUCUACAACAUCCUGCGCACCCUGGGGCUGAGGCCCUCGGCCACCGACUGCGACAUCGUGCGCCGCGCCUGCGAGAGCGUGUCCACGCGUGCCGCGCACAUGUGCGCCGCGGGGCUGGCGGGCGUCAUCAACCGCAUGCGCGAGAGCCGCAGCGAGGACGUGAUGCGCAUCACCGUGGGCGUGGACGGCUCCGUGUACAAGCUGCACCCCAGCUUCAAGGAGCGGUUCCACGCCAGCGUCCGCAGGCUGACGCCCGGCUGCGAGGUCACCUUCAUCCAGGCGGAGGACGGCAGCGGCCGUGGCGCGGCCCUGGUCUCUGCCGUGGCCUGUAAGAAGGCCUACAUGCUGGGCCAGUGA